GAUAUUCUGUAAUUCUCUGGCGUUGGCCGGAUUUCUGCAGGCAGAAGGACCACGCUGGAGCUGGAUGAACAUGGACUCGGCCUCGGAGCGGCUGAAUGGCAGAGGUCCCAGCACGAGACACAAAUCCCCGAGGACGCUGGAGUCCUUCAAGCGGGUCGGCAUCCUCGUCCUGGCCGUGGUGCUCACCCUCGCCUGCCUGGUCGCCGUCGGGUUCCUGGUCAAGGUUUACCUGGAUCACCACUACCUGUUCUGCAAACAGCCCCUGAAGCUGGUGCCGCUGCAGCGGGUGUGUGACGGGCAGGUGGACUGUCUGCAGGGCGAGGACGAGGCCAACUGUCCCCAGUGGGUCCCUGAGGGGCCACCAGUGGGGGCCCGUGUUUCCAAAGACAGAUCCAUCCUGCAGGUGCUCAACAGGAACACUGGAGCCUGGUCCUGUGUCUGCCACGACCACUUUGACCUGGUUCUGGCCAAGGCAGCCUGUGAGCAGAUGGGCUACAGCAGCACUCCCGCUUUCCAGGGGGUGGAGGUGAGCGCAGGGCAGCCCCUCCCUCCCCGCGAGGUCGUGCUGGACAACGGGAGCCUCCAGGUGCUGGAGCCGGGCAGGAAAUGCCUGUCUGGAUUGGUUGUUUCACUCUUUUGUUCCAACUGCGGGCAGAGCAUCAGGACGCCGCGUGUGCUGGGCGGGAGCCCGGCUGCUAUCGAGGCGUGGCCGUGGCAGGUCAGUCUGCAGUACAGGAGGGAGCACAUCUGCGGGGGCAGCAUCAUCGACCCCCGCUGGGUCCUGACGGCCGCGCAUUGCUUCAAGAACAACCCCAUCAUCCAGAGCUGGCGCGUCAAGGCCGGCUCCGACCUGCUCUCCAGCACCGCCACCUCCGCCGUGGAGAAGGUGUUCCUGGCCGAGGUGACACCCACGUCCCCCAGGGAAAACGACAUCGCCCUGGUGAAGCUGCGCUCCCCCCUGCACGUCUCAGACAACACCAAGCCCAUCUGCCUGCCCUAUUUCGACGAGGAGCUGAUGCCGGGCACGCCCCUGUGGGUGAUAGGCUGGGGCUACACGGAGGAGCACGGGAAGCUGUCGGAGCGCCUGCAGCAGGCGGAGGUGGAGCUCAUAGACAAGCAGAGCUGUAACGUGGCCGCCUACCACGGGGAGGUCACCGACAGGAUGCUGUGUGCCGGCCUGCCCCAGGGAGGGGUGGACACCUGCCAGGGGGACAGCGGCGGGCCCCUCCUGUACUCGGGAGGGCACUGGCAGGUGGUGGGCAUCGUCAGCUGGGGCCAGGGCUGCGGGACCCCCAGCACGCCCGGCGUCUACACCAGUGUCCGUGCCUACCUGGGCUGGAUCUACACCGUCCGCAGGUCGGAGCUCUGAGACCUGCCGGAACAGGUCGCUUCUCUCCCCAGGCCUCCCUCCCCAUCCUUUUACCCUUGGCUGUCUCGGCUCCAAGACAUGGAUCUCCAGCCACGGGAGGUGAGCUGAGCCUCCCAAACCCUCGCUGGCAGCUGUGGUUUAGGGUGCCAGAGCCCAGCCAAGGAGGAAAAGGCUCGGAGCGACAGCCACCGAUACCGAAAGGAAUCGGACCGGCUCGAGCUCCCUUCCGGAGAAAGAUUAAUUUAUUGCCCUGUGCUGACCCCGCUGUGGCAGGAUGGCUCCUGGGGGGCGAAGCUGCUGUCAGCUCACUCCUGUUAUACAGAGAGAUAUGAUGUUUGUGCUGUAGAGUUUCCCCACAUCCCCAUUAAAGGAAAGGGUUUGUUUUUUCA